AUGGGUGCCGUCGUCUCUUGCGUCCAAUCGCUUUGCCGAACCAUCGGGAGCGUGUUGAUGGCCAUCGUCAAUGGAAUUGGCUCCAUCAUUACCGCCAUCGUCAACGGCAUCGUCUCAUUCUUCAACAUCAUCAUCUCAUGCCUGACAUGCGGUCGCACUGGCAGGAAGCGAGGAACCUCGACAAGACGCCAUCAUGGUACGACGACUAGGAGUCGCAUAUGA